AGUCGCUGUGAAUAGACGUUGUCUUGGCUACCACUUUGGCCAGCUCUCCGAAUCCAAAUAAGUUCCUUUUUUUAGCAACACACAGAAAACGCACAAAAAUGUUCAAGCUGUUUAUGCUAAUGUGCUUGAUGGUGGCAGGAGCCAGAAGCUUAAGCCCGCCUGCCGCACAGGUGGGUACAACCAGGACCACCGGAGGUGAUUUGGCCACGGCAGAGACCUCGGCAAAGUUUUUGAAUCUUUUUGGUGGCGGCACUGGCGGAUAUCCAAGCUAUGGCUAUAAUUAUCAGCGACCAACGACAUAUCCUGGCUAUAAUUAUGGCUACAACAACAAUGGAUAUUACGGCAAUUCAGGCAGCAAUUAUCCGACGCCUGGCAGCUAUUAUCCCACUACAGGAGGCAGCUAUUAUCCCACUACAGGAGGCAGCUAUUACCCCACCACUGGAGGCAGUUACUAUCCAACGACUGGCGGCUAUCCGAAUACGGGCGGCAGCUAUUAUCCCACAACAAAUAUCCUGGGCUCACAAGGAGGCUAUGCCGGCUAUGGCGGCUAUGGAGGCUACAGACAGACUUACGGCUAAGAGCAAAAACCUUUUCAGAUGUAACGCUCCAGCACGCCCACAAAAUCCACACAUACAAAAAAGAUCGUAAAACUUUUAUAAACAAUUUAUUAGCAACUUCUUGUACGGCAAGAAAAAAAAAAACGAAGAACUUCAACAUCAGAAACCUUUGGAAUUUUUCCAACCCACAUCUACGUCAAGUUUUUACUGGAGAGAUCAGGUUUUCUUCUUGUUGUUUUUUUAAAUAUUUUUUUGCAUUUUAAGUAAAGUCAUGUUUAUGUUAUCCCUGUCCUUAACGCCCACCCACCGCUUGCUCCACCCGCCGCCUCUCGCAAAUGCAGUGAAGCUGAAGUUUUCCUGGAAAUUUCGCCUUGCGGAAAAUGCAUUCCGGACGAGCAUGUGGGGCUGCUGCUGAGAGGAGAGAGCAGAGCUAUUUGUGAUAAGCUAAUAGAUUUCUCUUGUUAAAUAAAGCUAUAUUUAUGCAAGGAUUUACGAGUGUGUG